AUGGGAUGGAAAUCGCCCUGCAUAGGUUCCAUCGUAGUAUGCGAAGGUGGCACAGCCGAAUUGGUCUGUCCUCGUGGAAUGGUCAUCUCGAUAGCCCUGGCCAACUAUGGCCGAUACUCGGCUCGUGUUUGCUACGAUAACGAGGAACUGGACGAUGUGGUGCCGAUGACUCAGUGCCAUAACCCAAGGACCAUGCCAACCCUCAGAAAAAGCACACCGAUUGUGCAUAAUGAAGCUGAAGAGCGCAUUUGGAGAGCACCCUAUUGA